CGGCAUUAGCCGCCUGUGCCGUAUGACAGCUAUCCGGCGCCGAAACACCGACAGGACACACUCGCUCUCCGACGCAAGAGCCAUGGCGGCCACGGGUGGAGGGAAAAUCCGAAGCAGGAGAUACCACGUCGACUCCAGGCCUUACGCCAAGAGCAAGCAGCAGUCAGGCUUGAUCAGCCGAGUGACGGACAAAGUCAAGAGCAUCGUUCCGUGGCUACAAAACUACUUCAAGAACGGAGAAGCUCCAGAAGGCGAAGGUGGAGGAGGAGGAGGAGGAGGUGGGGGCGGAGGAGGAGGAGGAGCAGCGGCGGCGGCGGAUGCUACGGAGAACUGUCAGCCGCCUGGUCCCAACGCUCUUCCUCCCAACGGUGGCAAAGAGGGGCCACCGCCUCUCGAUGGACGGCGCACGCCUGAGCCGAGUACCAGUAACACAGAGCCCUCGACCAGCCGGGCGUCCCUGAACAUUCAGGACUACGUGCUGUCCCGGCCCCCGCUCAGCCACUCCCACCUCCACUUCUCGUCGCUGGAGGCCACCACGCCGACGCUGGGCGGCGCCGGGCUCUUUUCGCCGCCGUCCACCUCCGCGGCGCCGGGGCCCUUCUCCACCGGCUUCUCGCUGGUCAAGGAGAUCAAGGACAACCUGUCGCAGCACGAGGACGACAACAUCUCCACCACCAGCGGCUUCUCCUCGCGUGCGUCUGACAAAGACGUGCCCGCCUCCAAGACCGCGUCGCUCCCGCAGCUUUGGUCACCGGAGACGGACAGAACCAUCUCCGCGCCGCAGCACUCUCAGUCGGGUCUGAAGAGGCCUGCCUUCAACCUGUCCAUUUUCGGCACCUCCGCCAAUUCGACGCUGAACAACACAAUGCUGAGCACCAGCCAGCUGGGCGAUUCCCCCUUCUACCCCGGGAAGACCACAUACGGCGGAGCGGCUGCAGUCCGGAGCGCUCGCUCUCGACCUGGAACACCGUACCAGGCCCCCGUCACGAGGCAAAUUAAAGCCAAGCCGGCCGGCGCGCAGCCCUGUGGGGUGACCAGCGCCACCGCCCGACGCAUCCUGAAGUCUUUGGAGAGGAUGUCCAGUCCUCUCGCAGAUGCCAGAAGGAUCCCGGCAACACCAUCGCCAUCUUUCUCAAUGUCGGUGGACGGCGGCGAUCUUGAAGUGUCGCAUUUCCAGUCCAAAAGGAAACGGAUGGAUUCCAAUCUCCCGCCGGUGCAGAAGCUGGUGGUCCCCAACCCCCUUUUCACCUCGGCGAACCGCUCCGUCUCCUUCAGGCCGAGUUUGACCCCGAAAGGGCAGAGCCGGACUCUAGACCGGCCCCCCAGAGACAAGCCCACCAGACAAUCACCUCUACUACCUGACAGAAACCCCGGCGGCCCUUCUCGAAGCACAACUGGAGCCGGCGGCGACGGCUACCCCUUGUCCAGCACGCCCACCGCCGGCGGCUACGGAGGCGGCAAGAUGAAGAGGGAUCGAACGAGCGCACGUCCGUCCUCCAAACGCACUGAGAAUGACGAGGUGGCCGAGCUGCCAGACCUUCCCACCAUUUCACUUCCCAUUUGCACAUCCGCCUUGCCCACCUUCAGCUUCUCCUCCCCGCUGCCCCCCGUCGCUACCAUCGUCACCCCCAGCGUCGCUGUCACUCCGGCCAAGGAAAUGGCCAUAAAUAAGGCGACAAAGGCUUCACCUCCUUGUGUGCCCUUUACCUUUUCCUCGCCCAUUGUCAAGGCGACUCCUACAAGUCUACCAAACUUCUCUCCGACAGUUGGCUUUACGUUCAGUGCCCCCGUAACAAAGCUCGGCUCUUCCAUGUCAAAUGGAAACUUGGGCUUACCUCUAGCAACAGCAGUGAAAGUAUCAACAAAUACAAGCACAGAGGACUUUGAUGGGCCUUUCAAACCAGCCAAGACACUAAAGCAGGGCAGCGUGCUGGACCUCCUCAAAGCACCCGGCUUUGCUUCAACAACUGCGCAAAAGUCGUCUGAGACCAACACGCAGUCCGCCGCCCCCUCUCCCGCCCCCACCACCUCUGUCUCCUUCUCGUCAUCCUCUACAGGCCUUAGUGACUUAUUUAAAAACCCUGCAGGAUUGAGCUAUGACGUCUGCAGGGCUCAGAACAAGUCCUUGGAUACCCAGCACGUGAGCCGCACGUCUCCUCAGCCAGGGAACGCAACCAAGGACAGUAAAACAAGCGCACCCUCUUGUACGGGACCAAAGAGCAGCGCAAACGUCGGCCCGAUCGUCUCCAAACCGGCGGCCAACUGGGAGUGCGACACGUGUCUGGUCAUCAACAAGCCCGAGUCCGUCAAAUGUGUGGCCUGCGAGACGGCCAAGCACGGCACGGGCCUCAAGGCCUCGUCUUCGCUGCCCUCCGCCUUUACCCCCGCAGAGGAGGCCGCCGGGCCGGCCCCCCCGGCCUCGUCCACGUCGCCGUGUGCCGCAGUCGGGGACCCGUUUAAGAAACCAGAGAGCGCGUCGGAUGGCGACGUUUGUGCGUUACAGAACAAGGCCGCUGAUGCAAAGAGCGUGCCCUGCACGAAUGCUAAACCAGGAGCAGCAGUUUCCCCUGCAGCCAGCAGCGCGCCGAUCGGCUUCGGGGCCAAGAAACCCGAGAGCUCCUGGGAGUGCGAAGCGUGCUGGCUGCAGAACAAGAGCACCGAUCUCAAGUGCGUCGCCUGCCAGGCAGCCAAACCUGGAGCGCAAGUCAAGCCCCAAGGUACUUUUCCUUCUACCUCUAAUGCAGGAGGUUUCACGUUUGGCACUUCCAACAGUACCUCAGAGUCGCCGUCUGGAGGGUUCAAGUUUGGCGUGGCCGCGUCAAAAGCAACCUCCGCCUCGUCGGGAGGAAUCAAGUUCGGUGUCCCGUUUGGAAGCCCCUCAUCGGAAGUUUCUCCUAAAGACGCUAAUACCUCGUUAGGGUUCAAGUUCAGCACCCCGUCUGAGGGCUUUAAAUUUGGGAUUCCCCCCGGCGAUGAUAAAAAGCCAGAAGAGCCCGCAGUCGGCGCUGGCUUCAAGUUCGGAGCCAGCGGCGGGAUAUCGUUCGGGAUGGGAUCGCCCAGCCCGGAAAACAGCAGCUCCUCUUUGAAGACUCCCUUCAGCUUUGGUCUUCCAAAACCUGAAGAAAAAACAUCAGCCCCCACCUCGUCGGCCUCCGCUGCCGUAACCACGCCCGCUUCCUCUCAAGUAAAGAGCAGCGACAACGGCAGAGCGUCGUCAGACACCGACACGACCGCCGCCGCCAGCUCUGUGUUCGGGACGCCCGGCCAAGGCGCCUCCACGACGCCGGUGGCCCCCACCUUUGGUUUUUCGUCUGCCCAGAAGAAGCCCGCCGCUCCCACGUUCGCAUUUGGAAAGGCGAAUGAGGAGAAGAGAGAGCUGCCCGCCGCCUCGGCUCCGUCUCCCUUCAUCUUCGGCGGCGCGAGCAAGGACGGCGACCCGGCGCCUGCCGUUCCGGGGGGCUUUUCUUUCGGCAAGCCGAGCGCUCCGGCGGAGCAGCCGCCCGCUUUUAUUUUCGGAAAACCGGCAGACAAGGGCGACGCUUCCAAUUCGAAUGCUGCAAAUUCCUCUUUUGGACUGGGACAAAGUGCUGCAGCUUCCGAUGGCCCCAAAUUGCCGUUUUUCUUCACGGGAAGCAACGCCGCCGCCGCCACCAGCAGCGCCUCCUCCACUCCGACCGCAAGUCUCUUUGGCAGCGGCACCCAGGCGCCCGCUCUCUCCCUCCCCCCGGCUCCCACCACCUUUCUGUUCGGGCAGGCCGCCCCCGCCGCCCCGGCCGCCGGCGACGCUCCCCCGGCCAAAGCUUUUGUCUUCGGGCAGAGCCAGGACACGCCGUCGGGCGCGCCGGUCAACCCGGCCCCGGCUCAGGCGGCGCAACCUUUUAUCUUUGGGGCGGCACCGGGCGCCGCCGCGCCCGCCGUCGCACCUUCCAUCAAUUUUGGAGGAUCGGGGACGUCCUCUUCCCCAUCUCCAGCUCGCAACCCCUUCCUCGUCAGCUCGUCAAACCCCCCCGAGUUCCGGGCCGGCCAGACGCCGGCGUUCGGCUCGACUUUCGGCUCGCCGUUCCCCUCGGCCCCUCCGCAGGCCCCGGCGUUCGGCGCCAAACCCGCCGCGCCCGUCUUCGGCCAGCAGACCAACGCCGUGCCCGUCUUCGGCGCCCCCGCCGCCGCCGCCAAUUCGGCUCAAGGUGGAGGCUUUCAGUUCGGAGGGGCCAGCGCGUUUGGGUCCACCAACAGCACGGGAGUUUUCAAUUUCGGAGCAGGGACGACAGCGUCUCCAACUCCCUCCGCCCCUGCUGGUGGCGGCUUCAACUUUUCCCAACCUUUAGCAUUCAACAUCGGGUCGUCCAAAUCCUCGACGUCGUCACCCGCCAGAGAGCAAACGAUCGCCGGCCGCAAGAUACGGACGGCGGUGCGGCGCCGGAAAUAGACGGAUGCCGCGUUUCGCUGGCGGGGGGGGAGGGGGGGGGUGUUCUCAACUGGGACUGAAAUGGACUGUUUUUUUUUUUGUUGUUGUUGUUUUUCGAGGAAGGGUGGCGGCCACGACUGAACACUUGACACGCCAACAAUCUACGACGCCGAUGGACAUAUCUCUAUUUUCUUUUUGUAAUAAAACAAACGAAAAAAAAAAAACCCAAAAAACAAACCAAGAAACUGCUCACCGCAGAAUCCUGUCAACGUAGUACGAUCGGAAAAGCUUUUACGGAGCUGCGGCGAGUGUGGCGGCGCUACAGAUGGCAGUAGCGCGGCGUGCUGUAUGUACAGGGAUGAGCGUGAUUGGGUGUUUGAUUUUAUUUCCCUCCCCCGCCCCCUCCCCCAAUGUACAGACCGGAGGUUUUUGUGUGUGCGGGCGUGAAUGAGAAGCGAGCGAAUAUUAUUAAUAUUAGCGAGCAAAAGAAUGUUUCUACGGGGAAGGACGGAGGGGUAGAAGUGUGUGUGUGUGUGUGUGUACCGUGCACUGCGGAGGAUGACGCGUCAAUCCUUGUAAAUGCAUAUUUUCCCAUGUUUAUGUUUUUGGGGCCCGCUGUCGUUUCUCUCAUCUCUCGCUUCUCACGCUCUCUCUGUCUUUCUCUCUCUCUCUCUCUCUCUCUCACACACACACACUUAAUUGGCCUUUUGAAUAUUAUAUAAAAAAAAAAUGUAAAUAGUUUUUGUAAUCUGUGAAGUUCAAGUUUCAUUUUUUUUUUUUGUGUUACCAACUGCAUUCAUUUUUUUUUUUUUUUUUUUGUCUUUAGAAUUUAUUGUGCAAAUCCCUACAUUCAAAGUUUCCCGACUCCAUUUAAAAUGAUCUUAAAUGCAAAUUAGGGAGCCUUUCAUGACUGAAGGCGUAUUGGCUUUUCUGAUCCACUUUUGUUUGGACCAAAACCAGUAUUGUACAAAGUAUUAAGUAUAUAUUUUUAUAUUGCCUGUUUAAAUGGACGAGGGGGACUUUGGAUGAUAAGGAAGGAAAAAAAAAAAAUCGAGUUUAAUUUUAAAGCCAUGAUUAUCAUUAUUACCAGAUGAGUGAUUAAAAAGUUAAAACGUG